AUAGCCUUGUGCAUUAAUCUUCUAUCUAUCAGCUCGGUCUCACAUCAUACCACUGACAGGCGAUGGACGAGACGACGGCUGACUUUGUCGCCUAGUGGACUCAUUUCGACAUGAAUCGGACUGUCGUGCUGUCUGCAUGUGUUUCCGUUCACGCUGUGCUCCAUCUGUACGUGCCCAAGCGAUACUUCGUCAUCACGAAGAUCGAAAAGUAUCAUUCCGGUGUACUCGGACUGGCGAAAAUAAGCCAAUGCGCCGUCUCUUCGCUUCGUGGCCCUGGUAAUACAGUCGAAGCCUCAUUCGAGGUUGCUAAGCGUACCAAGGUGGGACAUGUCUCGGAAUCCAGGGAGCAGAAAUGGCUACGUAGCAAUCAGGAACGAAGAUGUAUUGUUUCUACAACUGCAGGUAUAGGGUAGCUAUGUGGUACAAGAUAAUGCGAUAUUGUUCAAGUGAUUGAUAUCGACGGAGACUCGAGCGAUGCAAAAAGUUCGAAUGCGGGCGAAAAGACAUCAUGCACAUAUGAGC